GCCUUCAAGAAGAUUAAAAGCUACUUGGAUUACGCAAAGUCCAAUCCGGACGUUGAUGUGAUUGCUGGUGGUGAUGCUGAUGAUACCAGAGGCUAUUUCAUUCAGCCGACUAUUUUAUUGGUUAAGAACCCUUCCGACAAGCUUUUUAAGGAUGACAUUUUCGGUCCCAUUCUAUCAGUCUAUCUAUACGAUCCUGACAAGUUGGAGGAAACCAUGGAUCUGAUCGACUCCACCACUGAUUAUGCUCUGACAGGUUCCAUAUUUGCCAACGACCCGGCUUUCAUACAGCAUGCUACCGACCGUCUAAUCGAUACGGCUGGGAACCUUUACAUAAAUGCGCAGUCAUCUGGGUCCGUCGUCGGGCAACAACCGUUCGGUGGAGCCAGAUUGUCCGGCACCAAUGACAAAGCCGGUGGACCUCAAUACGCCCUCCGAUUUACUUCGCCAUUGUCCAUCAAAACUCAGCUCCUGCCUAUCGGACCAUGGAAACAGCCCCACAUGUCUUGAUCUCUCAUGCCGUGUCAUCCUCAUUUUCAAUUGUUGCAGUCUUCCACAAUAUGCAUGAUAGUUCAUUCUUUUUUGGUCAUCUCUCGUCUACAAUAUUACGCGCAAGGAGUCACCUUUCCAUCUUUCUGCUUGUGUUUCAGUUCCUUUGCUACGAACUAACUUUUUGAUUAUUUCCUUUGGUAAUAAUUUACGCGUAAUUGUUUAACUAUGUACACUACCGCACGUUUUGUUGCACAGAUCAGUGUGUUAGUUGUUCAGUUACGAUUCCACAAGUCGCCUUGACCCUCAUCCUUGUCAUGAUUGGAAGCUUUCGGCUUUGUUUCACCUCAACACCGGACGGGUAAGCAAUGUUGCUCGUUCGUUCACCUGUCGGUUGUCUCUGCAUGGCACUUCAGUUAGUUAGAGUUGGCUUUCUUCUGCCGACUCCUAUUUGUGGCUGAAAUCCGUUGACUUUAAUCACCAUACGCCUCUGGUGUCACUAUCUUAUAGUUUGGUUUAACCCAAUUUCGGCCACUUGCCUGGAUCUUAUGGUCUGAGUACUCACUCAUUCUUGAUGCGUCACUGCAACCAUGCCCCCGGCUACUUCAUGCUUCAUCCAUGCAGCUCUGUUGUUGAUGCGUUCACCUACUUACUCCCAAAACAAUCCACUUGGAGCAGGGUAACAGCCGUUCUGUAUAAUCCAGAUACAAAUAUGUGAUCCCGUUAUUCAUCGCUGCAAAUAAGCAAUGGGUGGACUCACUGCAUUCAUAUAAUCCGCAGCAGAUGCGUCUUAUGACACCGGAUUAAGAAAACCGGGUGCACUUCUUAAUUCCGCCAUCUAAAGAGCACUCUGCCAAUCCGCACUGGUUGGUGGUGUGCCCACGAAAUAUUGACAGCGGUGAACACCGUUUGCCAUCCGAAAUAACUCAGAACACUAGUAGCUCAGAUUGACUGUUCAGUUGCACAUGUCCUCGCCGAGCUGGGUACUCAGCGGAUAGCGGCCUCCGGUCGGUUAUUUUUGGCUGUGUUGACAAGAUCAUUUUGUGUUGGAUUUUUUCGUUCAUUGGAAUUAUUUCGUGGAAAUUUAG